AUGAAACGAUUCUUUGCCCCAUUAUCAGACAAAGCCAAAAGGCUUUCUGAGGCUGUUAAAGUUAAAAGCAGCUUGGUGAAACCAAAUACAGGGCCUCUCUCUUCUUAUAAAAUUCCCCUGGAUGAAAAAGAAAUCUAUAUAAAAGGGUGCAAAUAUUUCAGUUUUGGGAAAGAAAACACAAAUUCCAACCGAACCAUCAUGGUUCUUGGAGUCACUGGUGCUGGGAAGUCAACUCUGAUCAACGGGAUGAUAAAUUACAUCCUGGGUGUCCAAUGGAACGAUUCGUAUCGGUUCAAGUUGGUGCAUGAAGGUCAGUCCACGUCACAGGCUCACAGUCAGACAUCUGAAGUCACGGUGUACAAACUCUACCACCAGGAUGGGUUUUUGGUCCCCUUCUCUCUGACUAUUGUGGACACUCCAGGGUUUGGAGACACCAGAGGAAUAGAACGAGACGGAGAGAUCAUUGAGCAGCUACGUAGCCUCUUCUCUUCACAGAAUGGUGUCAGUGAAAUUGAUGCUGUGUGUUUUGUAGCUCAAGCAGCUUUAGCUCGACUCACAUCAACACAGAAAUAUGUGUUUGAUUCAAUCCUUUCAAUCUUUGGCAAAGAUGUGGCGGAAAACAUCAGGAUUAUGGUGACGUUUGCAGAUGGUCAGCUGCCUCCAGUUCUAGAAGGAAUCAAUGCAUCAGAUGUCCCAUGUCCUAAAACCAACGGGCUGCCGGUUCACUUCAAGUUUAACAACUCAGCUCUGUAUGCAGACAACAAAGCUGCUUCAACCAGCAGCAUUGAUGAGGAUGAUGAAGAUGAAAAGUUUGAUCAGAUGUUUUGGAACAUGGGAACAAAAAGCAUGAAGAGUUUUUUUUUUGCUCUAAACCAAAUGAAAACCAAAAGUUUGAUCCUGACAAAGGAGGUCCUGAGAGAGAGACAGCAGCUGGAGAAUUAUAUUGAGUCUUUGCAGAAGGAGUUUAAACUGGGUUUAGACAAAAUGGAAGAAAUAAGAGAGACGAGGCAACAAAUCAAAGAUCACGAAUCAGAGAUCAGCAGAAACGAGAAGUUUCAGUUUAAUGUCACUGUCAAAAAGGCCAUUCAAACUGUUGUCACUGGUUCUAGACACUUCAUCACCAACUGUCAGCAGUGUUCUUUCACCUGUCAUGAUUUUUGUGCAUAUGCUGAUGAUAAAGAUAAAAUACACUGUGUUGCAAUGAAGAAGAAUGGAUACUGUAUGGUGUGUCCAGGGAAAUGUUUCUGGAAUGUACAUUUUAAUCAGAAGUAUAAGUGGGAUUAUCGAGAUGUCACAGAAACAAAAACAAUAAAAGAGCUGAAAGAAAAAUACCAGAAAGCCACCGGAUUGAAGAUGACUGUUCAGGGCGUGCUGGACCAACUGCAGACUGACUAUAAACGUAUGGAGGAAAAGGUGGGGAGACUGACAGUAGAGUCUGCAAAGUGUCUGAACAGACUGAAAGAAAUCGCCCUGAAGCCCAAUCCUCUCUCUGCUCCUGAGUACAUCGACCUGUUGAUUGAAGGAGAGAAACAGGAGGGAGCACCAGGCUGGAAGACACGAGUCGACGCUCUGAUGAAGAUAAGAAAAAAGGCUGAGCUAUUGGCACAAGUGGAGAAAGGAGAGAAGCCACUGAAACAUAUCUAA